GGAUCGAAAGCUGCGGACGCCCGAGGAGCGCGGCCUCCGGGUGUGGGGAUAGUAACAGGACGUGCGGGAGUGAUCGCUGCAAUCCGAGGAAUACCGCCCUGUCGGGACCGUUGAUUUCGCCAAAGUUCAUCGUGGGCGGUGGUGAUGCAUCGGAGGGGGAGGACGUGGGUAUGUGUACGAUAUCGGCUGACGUCGAUUGGCACUCGCCUUCGAUCAAUCGCCGCCACUGUGAUGGUCGUGGAUAGAGCACGUACACUGAAAUCGGCAGAUGUGGCGUGUGGCUACGGUGUGGCGUGUGGCUACGGUGUGGCGUGUGGCUACGGUGUGGCGUGUGGCUACGGUGUGGCGUGUGGCUACGGUGUGGCUAGAAGUGUCCAUAGCCAGGGCCAUCAUCCGCGCUCUCAUCUUUGCAGACAGAGCACACACCAAGAAACCCGCAGAGCUACGUCUUCUUUCGAUUUCCCUCUCCCUCUCCCUUCCAAAGCGUCGACCAACAUGCGUAACACCACUUACCUGGUCUCCGUUUGCCCCGUCGGCGCCCCCACCCUUCCCCGGAUCCACGUCACCCGCCUAUCCCCCUGGUGCUAUAUCCUUAGGCAUGUACAGUACAUAGCCCUAGCACACACGCACUAGACUUUAGUUACCGUGCGAUACCGGUUUUUGGGUUCAAUCAUCAUUGCAUUC